GCCCAAGUACAGGUCUCCGGAGCCUCCAGAAUGGCUCAGAAUGGUUGAAACUUCUAAAGCAAAAAUGACUAUAUUUACAUGUUACAUGCAGAACAAAAACAUGAGGAGAAUAUAGAAACUAUGCGGGUCCGUUUUCUUGAAAAUGGAGAAAGGGCAGGAAAUUAAUUCUGACCGCUCUUUUGAGACGAAGGAAGAAUUGAAAGAAAUUAGGUCUGCUUUAGAACAUGGUGACCUCUGUCAAGUAAUUGAAAGACUCAACAAAUACCUUGAGGAAAUAGAAAAUGCCCCAUUACACAUCGCCAUCACGGGACAGUCAGGAUCAGGAAAGUCUACCUUUAUUAAUGCCAUCCGCGGCAUGGGUGAUGAAGAAGAAGGUUCUGCCCCAACUGGUGUGGUGGAGACAACGAUGGAGCCAAUACCUUACACCCAUCAGGAUUAUACUAAUGUAAGGUUUUGGGAUCUUCCAGGAAUAGGAACUCCAAAUUUUACCGCAGCCGAUUAUCUUCAGUCUGUUGAGUUCAGUCGAUACGACUUUUUCAUCAUUCUUUCAUCAGAACGAUUCAAGCAAAACGACAUUGACCUGGCAAAGGAAAUCCAAGCUAUGGACAAAAAGUUCUUCUUUGUUAGAUCCAAAGUUGACUCCGACUUGCAUGCCUCCCAGGUACGAAGGAAGAAGACUUACAAUGAAGAGGCCAUACUGAAAGAAAUCCGAGAUAACUGCGUUAACAAUCUCAGUGAUGGGGGAAUCACAGAGCCUCAAGUGUUUCUCCUCUCAUGUCUGGACCUGGAAAACUACGAUUUUAGCAAAAUGCAGGAAACUUUAGAAAAGGAGCUUCCAGAACACAAGAAACACAUAUUUCUAAGCUCUCUACCCAACAUUUCUUUGCCGAUUCUAGAGAAGAAGCGUGAGGCUCUGAAGAAAUGCAUCUGGAAAUUGUCUUUUGUUUCUUGUAUGGUGGCUACAGUCAUGGACCCAGUACAGUCUAUAGCUUGUGAUAUAGAGAUUCUAGUGAAAUUCAUGAAAAUCUUCAAGAAAAUAUUUGGCUUGGAUGAACAAUCUUUAGAAAAAUUGGCCAAAAAGUGUGGUAAAGAUGUCAGUGAGUUACGAUCUGUGAUAAAGUCCCCUUUAGUUGUAGAAGAGAUAAAUAAAGAGCUUGUCAUCAAAUUACUAAUCAGAGGUUCCACAGGGGCCCUCAAGAAAGUCCAGAUUGUUGCUAGUAUUUUCCCAAUUCUAGGUGGCCUGGUAGGAGGGGGCAUCUCAUUUGGUACCACAUAUUGGAUGCUAUGUAAUUUCCUAAAAGAUAUUGCUGAAGAUGCAGUGCAUGUCCUUAAGAAGGCAUUAGAGUCACAGGCUUAAAAGGGUACUCUGCCCCAUCCAAAGAAUAGGGGAUAAGAUGUCUGAUGGCGGGGUUCGCUCCUCUGGAACCCCUGUGAUCUCUGUGCAGCACCCGGCAUUCGUUUAGAUGUCUCAACCACGCCCCUUAUGUGAUGCCACGCUCCCUCAAUGCAAGUCUAUGCACCCGGCGUUCGUUUGAUGUCACAACCAUACCCCACAUUAUGUGACGCCAUGCUCCCUCAAUGCAAGUCUAUGGGAGGGGGCAUGAUGGCUGUCACUUUCCCUCCCAUAGACUUGCAUUGAGGGGGCGUGACAUCACGUCACGAGAGGCAUGGCUGUGACAUCACAACCCCCGCUGCCCACUCCAAGCGUUCUGAACAAAAUGUUCCAGGGCAGAGUACCUUUUUAAGAAUAUUUUAUUCAUGUAAAAUAAUAUGUAGGAACAACUUCAAGAAAUAGGAUACAACAAAAAUGAUUUAAUGGCAGUAAGGUUUAAUGAUUUAUAUAGCUCGUAAAUGAAUAAAUAAAUUCCAGU